CAGAUCCAGUGGUAUACUGCCGAAUACUAGUGUUUAGUAGUCUAGCUGAAUUGCGGUUAAGAUGAAGUUUCUAGCGUUGGUGACUAUUUUAGUGCUGGGAACUGUACAUAGUGCACCAACAGACGAAGAACAUGUCGCUGGGCCGAAAUCAAGCGAGGCGGCCGAAGAACGGAUUUUCGAUUUGAGCAGAAAAUCUAGACAGUUGUUAGGUUCCAGCUUCGGUUACUCUCCCUACAACAACGGUUUCAAUCAAGGAAUCGGAAGCUAUCCAUACUCCUACAAUUCCCUAGCGACGGGUUAUUCCGGUUAUCCGUCGACUGGUGGAUAUCCGUACAAUGGAUAUGGUGUCGGUCAGUAUGGCGGCAACGGAUUAUACGGAAAUGGACUCUAUUCAAACGGUGGAUUGUAUAGCAACGGAUUGGGUUAUGGUGGUGCAAAUCCCUUCAUCGGUGGAUACAACUCAGUUCUUAAUAAUGGUGCACAACCGCUCUAUAACGAUCCUUACAGCCCAUUCGCGAACAGGGGAUUUUUUCCUGGAUCACCCUUCUAUAGACGACCUUAUUGAUGAUGAUGGAACGGUUGAUGAUGAAGCGGAAUAUGGACUGGGACGACACAGUAGAUAA